AUGGCUCCGACUCCGCCUCCGCCCCCGCCUCCGGCCAAGAAGAGAGGCUUCUUUUCGCGCUGCUUUCCGUCUACCCUCUUGCUCGUUCUAUUGGCACCCUCGCUGACUUGCAUCUGGCUGUUCAUCAAUGACCUCUGGACCAAGAUCUUCUUCACCCUCUUCACUCUUCGGUACGCUCGUCUUGUCGGUCAUAUCCUUGGCUCAUGGAUCUACAGACCUGCAGAGAUAGUGCCCGACCCAGCCUUCAAACGGGAGGAUGUCAGUGUUAUUCUCCCUACUGUCGAUCCUCAGGGACCAGACUUUCGAGAAUGUGUCCUCAGCAUCAUGGCUAACCGGCCCGAAGCGAUUUAUGUCGUCACAGUUGGAGCUCAGCUCCGUGAACAGUGCAAAGCGGUAGUCGAGAGGCUAAGCAACGAAGCUAACUACAAGGGAGCUUACCUCGCAGCACUCCCCAUCGCCAGCAAGCGUCGCCAGGUCGCCCAUGCCGUGCCCAGAAUCAAGACCGCCGUCACAGUUCUCGCUGAUGACCACGUGUUCUGGCCGGAAACAUUCCUUCCAUCGGUUCUUGCACCUUUGAAUGAUGGCUCGGUUGGUAUGGUGGCCACCAAGAAGCGUGUUCGCCGAACUACUCCAGGUAAUUGGGGUUGGACCGACUUUGUCAACUUCAUCGUCAACUUUAUCGCCUGCAACUAUCUUCAGCGUCACAACUGGGAGCUACGCGCUUCCAGUGGCAUUGAUGGCGGAUUGUUCGUCAUCUCUGGAAGAACAGCUGUAUACAGGACAGAAUUUCUCCGAGACGGCAACCUAAUGGACAAGUUGUGCAGUGAAAAAUUCUUCUUUGGACUCCUAGGAGGCACAGGACUUGGCCCCGACGACGACAACUUCCUGACCAGAGCGGCCAUGAAGAAGGGUUGGCGAGUUUUCUUCCAAGAUACCGAAGAAGCGACUAUCGAGACAACUCUCGGUUUGUGUCCCAAGUUCAGCGACCAACUUUUGCGGUGGGCGAGAACCACAUUCCGAAGCAAUCCAGUGAUGCUGAGGGACCCCAAAUUUGUUGUCACAUACGCGUGGAGCGCAUUCAUGGUAUACUGGGCAGCUUUGGUAAACUUUGCUAUCCUCUGGGACGCGGCACUGAUCUUUUCGCUAAUCAGCAUUAAGAACGUGCAGCCUUAUCAAAUUGCCCUGGGUGCUGUCUGGAUUGCAUGGACAAAGGUGAUCAAGAUCCUCCCACACUUCUACAGGCACCCAGCUGAUAUUCUAUUGGUCAUCGUCCAAAUUCUGUUUGCCUAUAUUCACAGUUUCUACAAGUUGUGGGCAUUGCUCACAUUCUGGGACUGUGGUUGGUCUGGGAGAAAUCUUGCUGAUGUCAAUGGCAACCAGGGCGACACCUUGGACACAUCAUUUGUGUAUCUGUGA